AAAUAUCAAUGGAGACCAAUUUGAUAAUAACGAUCAGUUAGAUAGGCUUGAAAAACUUAUUGUCAAUAUAACAGAAAGACUUAUUAAACUAGAACAAAUUAUGUUACAGAAUAAUAACAUAGAACAGGAUGAAAGUCAACCUUUACAACAAUGGACUUAUGCCAAAAAUGAUGAGGAUGAGAAUGUUAAUAUAGAAAAAUUAAAAAAUAUAAAUGAAGAGAAAAAUAGUACAAAUAAAUUCCAACGUUUAAAAGAUUUUUUAGA